UGUGCCAGCUCAUCCCAUUGGCUGCGGCCGCAGCCUUACUCCCACACGUGAUGCGAUUGGCUCCGGGAUCUGGGGGCGGGAUUUCCGGGGGGGCAAUGCCGGCUCGUCAUUGGCUGGCUCUGUCCUUGCCCUGGAAGCGAGUCCACGUGUUUGUGCUGGGGAGGCUGGUGAUGCUGGGGUAACCAUGGCGACCCUCUUCAGUAAUGAUGGGGCCGAGGUGGUCCAGAGGGCCCUGACUGUCAAGGAGUCGAGCAGCAGGACCCCUGCCGAGGCCCUCGAUGAGUACUACGAACUGAAGCGAGCCGUGGCCUUCGUCACAGCGAACGGGUUUCACAGGGUUGCCCUGCAGUUCCCCGACGAGCUCCUGGCAGAUUCAGCCGCCGUCGCAGCCAAGAUGGAGGAGGCGACCGGCAGCAAAAUGUAUAUCCUGGGGGACACGUCGUACGGCAGCUGCUGUGUGGACGAGGUGGCCGCAGAGCACGUGGGGGCGGAAGCCGUGGUGCACUACGGCCCAGCGUGUCUCAGCCCCUGCAGGAAGUUGCUGGUGCUGCACGUGUUUGGCCGGCAGCCCCUGGACACCGAGCGCUGCGCCACGGCCUUCCGGGAGCUCUACCCUGAUCGCCAGAGCCACGUGGUGGUGCUGAGUGACGUGGUCUACGCCCACGCACUAGGUGAGCUGGAGCAGCUGCUGCGUCCAGAGUACCCCCACGUCGUCUUCUCCCGCCUGACGAGUGACAAGGCCCCCGACUGCCCGCAGGGCCCGGGGCUGGUGCGGCAGUUCGGGCGCCUCUUUGCAGUGGAGGCGCAGCGCGGGCUGAAGGACUACGCCAUCUUCUAUGUGGGCGCCGAGGGCCUGGCCCUCACCAACUUCAUGCUGAGCUGGAACCGCUGCCCCUUCAGCUCCUUCGACCCGGCCACGGGCCACGGCCGGCGCGAGAGCCUCGACAGCAACCGGGCGCUGCUGCGGCGCCUCUACCUGGUGGAGCGGGUGCGGGACGCCCGCGUGGUGGGCAUCCUGGUGGGCACGCUGGGCGUGGCCGGCUACCUCUCCGUCCUGGAGCACUUGAGGGGCACCCUGAGCCGGGCCGGCAAGCGCAGCUACACCCUGGCCAUGGGCAAGCUGAGCCCCGCCAAGCUGGCCAACUUCCUGGAGGUGGACGUGUUCGUGCUGGUGGCCUGCCCCCAGAACUCCCUGCUGGACUCCAGGGACUUCUACCGGCCCGUGGUGACACCCUACGAGCUGGAGCUGGCCUGCAACCCGGCCCGGGAAUGGAGCAGCCUCUACGUCACUGACUUCAGAGACCUGCUGCCAGGUGGCUGUGCACAUGUCGGCUUCCCAGACACGGUCCCCGGAGAAGGCGACGUUCCCGACGUGUCGCUGAUCACUGGGGAGCUGCGCGCGGCUGGGCUCUCCAGCUCCCCGGCCCCGUCCUCCAGCUCUGCCCUGGCCUGCAGGAACCCGGCGCUCGCGCUGGCCGAGAUCAGCCCGGCGGCUUCCUUCCUGGAGUCGCGCAGUUGGCGGGGCUUGGAGCAGCAGCUGGGCCAGACGCCCGUGACAAAGGCCGUGCCGGGCCGGAGGGGGAUUGCGAUCGCCUACGAAGACGAGGCUUGUGGGUGACCCUGACCUUGCAAGACACCACUGCAGGACUUCUGCAGCUCAGUCCUGGGGCCGAUGCCAACAGCGGCCCUCUCCCUCUGGGGCCUGGCAUUGGAGACUUGGGAGUGCAGGAUCCUUGGGGCUGCUGGUGACGCUGGCCUGGAUACAGCUGUGACUUAGAGAACCCGAUGGUGUUCGGGGUGCGACUCCGCAGGGCAGGCGGGCACCUCUGGUCCACUCCCCCACGAGCCUCCAUGGCCGCCUUGGACAGAGGGCACACGGGAGCGACCUCCUCUCCUUGCUACCCCAGCUGGCUGCUCCCAGGGGCAAGACCUGGGCUGGGCAGGGCCUGGCCUCCGCCCUGAGCCUGGGUCCCCUGCCUACCGCUGGGGGGCAGGUAGGGGAGCUCAACGUCCCCCCAGCUCCCCUUGCAGUGCUAGCCUGAGGACAGCGAGGCCAAGGCAGCUGUGGCUGAAGGCAGGAGGCGGUGCCAAGGCAGGCCUGGCCCGGAGCAGCAGCGCCAGGGAGCUCAUCCAAGCCGGGACAGGCCUGGUGCUGCUGCCAGAGGCUCCAUGGGACGUGCCCUGGGGGGCCUGUGUGUUCUCCUCCCCCCCGCUCUGGCUGAGGGAGCCUGGGUGCAGCUGCCACAUUCGCGUCCCGCAGGGGGUUUGCUGGCUGCUCGCAGGGGUGCUGGGCCGUAGCCCUAGCAGUCUGUUUGUGUCCUGACUGCCGCAGCCCGGCUCAUAGGCUGCCCGCGGGCAGAGGGGCACUUUGCUACGAGCCCCAGUUCUGCCCCCCUUGGCGGGGGAGCGCCGUGUCCCCUACUCUCUGCCUCCACAGGGGUGCCCUAGACUGGGUGUGAGCCAGGCCCGGGUGCUCCAGGGGCAGGGGAAACUAUAUCUAGCCUGAGCAGACAUGGGCACCUCUCCUGCCAGCCACCUGCCCUGGGUGUGCCCGCGGCUCUGAGCUCCUCACAGUCUGUGGGUUAAAGGUUUGUGAAGGCGAAGCCAGGCCAGCACUGAGGGGUUGGGGGAGUGGAGCUGACACCCGCCCACAAGCCUGCUGCUGCAGUUUGCUCCUGGUGUGGCCUUGGCCCCUGGUUUAGCAGCACCUGCCAGACCAGCCAAGUGAGGGGGAGGCCCUGCUACCAUCUGGUGCGUUGCUGGGCCUCUCGUGGGGGUACAGGCCUGGGCCUUGGCCCAGGGUCACAGGAUGAGUGGCAGAACCAGUAACAACCCCUGUCUCCCCAGCGCCCGGCCCUGGGGCCCGGCUGCCCGUCACACUCCCGCCCAGCACAGCACCACCCCUCGCUCGCCUGCUCCUCCAGCCUGCCUGGCAGCCCCUCUGGCUCCACCCCUGCCCCCAGACCCACUGGAUGGGGUGUUGCUGGCCGUGUGUGGAGUCACUCAGCCUCAGUUUCCCUGCCGUAGUGACCCAGCUCUGCCCCUUCCUGUCCAAAACCGGUAGGAAAUUACCUGAACGCUUCGCUUCUCUCCAGCAGGCCGGCCUCCCCAGCCAGCCCUGGGCCCACCGCCUCUGCCACCCACACGCACCUCCUCCCUGCCCAUAUUCCUGCCCCCUGCUCCAACAGGGCCUUCAGGUGGUCCAUUAACCCCUUCUUGCCUUGGGUGGAAACCUGUGUGCCCCCUUACAUGGAGAUGGGCUGCAUAGGGUGGCCAGCCCUCCAGGAGUGCCCUGGGGUCACCAAGAAUUAAAGGGUAAUCUUGGGAAUGCACAUGUCAUGGUAUGAAACCUCCAGGGAUGUGACCCCCCCAACACUGACAGCCCCAGCUCUGCUUGGGGCCUUAUCCUGGCCUGUGCUGUGUGUGCCCCACUCGCUGGUCACAAGGGGCCCUGUCAGCCACUGGCACAGCACAUUACAGGGCGUGGCACCAGGGAUGCUGGCCCUAAGAAGGGCUGGACUGGGUCAGACCAAUGGUCCAGCUAGCCCAGUGUCCUGUCUGCGAACAGUGGCCACUGCCAGGGGCCCCAGAGGGAAUGAACAGAACAGGGAAUCAUCGAGUGAUCCAUCCCCUGUCGCCCAUUCCCAGCUCCUGGCAGACAGAGCCUAGGGACACCAUCCCUGCCCAGCCUGGCUAAUAGCCAUUCACUUAUCUAGUUGUUUUUUUAAUCCAGUUAUAGUCUUGGCCUUUACAACAUCCCCUGACAACCAGUUCCACAGGUUGACGUUGUGUAAAGAAAUACUUCCUUUUGUUUGUGUUUAACCUGCUGCCUGGAAUGAAUGAGCCACCCAAACAUGAACUUUCACCUUU